CAGAGGAAAAUGCGGGUUUGUGUUACCGUACUGUUGGUCUUAGCCACCGUGGUGGCGCCGGCCACGGUUGUGUGUAGCGGUUUGCCGGUGAGUUAUCUUCCUCUGGAACGGGCUAUUCCUCUGAACCAGCGAGUGGAACUGGGGGCACUGAGAGCUCGUGACAGAGCCCGCCAUGGUCGAAUCUUGCAAAGUGGGGUUGUCGACUUCUCAGUCCAAGGAACCUCCGAUCCUUACUUCGUUGGGUACGUUUUGUAUUUCACGAAAGUGAAAAUGGGGUCUCCUGCAAAAGAAUUUUACGUACAGAUUGAUACCGGAAGUGACAUCUUGUGGCUUAAUUGCAAUUCUUGCAGUAAUUGCCCGCUAUCUAGUGGGUUGGGGAUUGAGCUCAAUUUCUUUGACACAGCCAGCUCUUCCACUGCUGCACUGGUUUCCUGCUCAGACCCAAUAUGCUCUUAUGCCGUUCAUACUAGUUCGAGUCAAUGCUCUUCUCAGGUUAAUCAGUGCAGCUACAACUUUCAUUAUGGGGAUGGAAGUGGGACUUCUGGUUUUUAUGUUUCAGAUGCAAUGUAUUUUGACGUGAUCCUGGGGCAGUCUAUGUUUUCUAACUCCUCAUCUACCAUCAUUUUUGGGUGUAGCACUUAUCAGUCUGGGGAUUUGACUAAGACAGAUAAAGCAGUUGAUGGAAUUUUUGGGUUUGGCCCUGGUGCUCUAUCUGUUAUAUCACAAUUGUCAUCACAAGGCAUAGCACCCAAAGUGUUCUCUCAUUGCUUAAAAGGAGAGGGCAACGGAGGAGGCAUACUAGUUCUUGGUGAAAUUAUGGAGCCAAGUAUUGUUUAUAGUCCACUUGUCCCAUCACAGCCUCAUUACAACUUAAAUCUUCAGAGCAUUGCUGUCAAUGGACAACUUCUCUCAAUUGAUACAGAUGUAUUUGCAACAUCUAAUAACCGAGGAACUAUGGUUGACUCUGGUACAACAUUGGCAUACCUUGUUCAAGAAGCUUAUGAUCCUUUUGUCAAUGCUAUAACUAUCGCUGCGUCACAGUUUUCCAAACCCAUUAUUUCAAAAGGAAACCAGUGUUAUCUGGUCUCAACCAGCUUGGGUGAUAUAUUUCCUCCAGUCAGUUUAAACUUUAUGGGUGGUGCAUCCAUGGUUUUAAAACCAGAACAGUACCUUAUGCAUUAUGGUUUCCUUGAUGCUGCUGCAAUGUGGUGCAUCGGUUUCCAGAAAGGGCAGGAUGGAUUCACAAUUUUAGGAGAUCUUGUCCUAAAAGAUAAGAUUAUUGUAUACGAUUUAGCUAAUCAACGAGUUGGAUGGGCCAACUAUGAUUGUUCCUUGUCUGUUAAUGUCUCUGUGGCUACAAGCAAGAGCAAAGAUGCAUACAUCAAUGCAGGACAUACGAGCUCCAGCUGCUCUCAGAUGGGUAUUCUCUCCAAGUUGCUACCUGUAAGCAUUGUGGCUCUCCUUAUGCACAUAAUAUUUUUGUAAUUCACAUCCAAGAGUCAAAGCUCAUUCUUUGAAACUUGCUGGGGUUGGCCAAUAUUUUAUUUGUUGUUGGCCAUACCCUUUUGUUAUUUUCAAAGGGUAGUGGUUGCUCUUUCCUAUUUAAUCUCAUUGGUGUCUUUCUAUUAGUAUGAUGAAAAUGCGGAUGUAAUUGUAAAGGGACUCUGUUGUUGAGAACUUGUAGAUUUGUAUAUUGGUAUAUCUCUCUGUAAAAGAUGGAAAUUGUACUAUUUAUAAAGUGCUCUGACCGCAUAAAAUAGUUAACUUGGGAUUUUCU